AGAUAAUCACAUCAUGCUCAAGCAUCGAUUUUAAGAGCAAUGAUUUCAAGGCUUUAGUUUUUGAGUUCAUGGAAAAUGGGAGCUUAGAUAACUGGUUAUACCCAGAAUGUCUUCAUGAGCAAUGGGGAACUGCGAGCUUGAACCUCAUUGAACGUUUAAACAUUGUCAUUGAUGUGGCCUCUGCAUUGGAUUAUCUUCACUAUCAUUGCAAAGUAGCUAUCAUUCACCGCGACUUAAAGCCAAGCAACGUUCUUCUUGAUGCUGAUUUUUGUGCCCAUGUGAGUGAUUUUGGUCUUGCAAAGAUUCUUUUACCAACGACAAGUAGAUCGAACAAUCAACAAUCAUCAAGUUCAAUUGGCGUUGGAGGAACAGUUGGAUAUGUUGCUCCAGAAUAUGGAAUGGGUGAAGAGAUAUCAACACAAGGUGAUAUGUAUAGCUAUGGAGUGUUACUACUGGAAAUGUUCAUCGGAAAAAGACCAACUGAUUGCAUGUUCAGUGACACUCUUAGCCUCUCUGGUUACACAAAAAGGUUUCUUCCAAACAAGGUAUUAGAGAUCGUCGAUCCCCAGAUCAUAUUGGAAGAAGAAAGGCAACCAAGUAGGACUAGGCAAACUGUCACACCAAGCACUCAUAAACUUGAAGUUUGCCUUGUCUCAGUCCUUCAAAUUGGUGUUUUAUGUUGUGCUGCACGGCCCAAUGAGAGAAUGAAUGCUAGAGACGUCCUUGCGGAACUGCACAAGAUUAGAAACGUAUUUCUCGGGGCAAGGGAACAAGGGCGGCAACAUGGUUAGGCCGAAUGAUUCUUAACUGGAUCAUGCUUGUAGGUUGUUUUGAUAUCCUAGAAAUAACUUUCUUAUAUAUAUCUCUCUGCAUCAGCCCCUCCUUGCUUUACUCUUCUGUAUCAAACAAGCUAUGUAUGUGAUGAAAGUGGUGUUUCAUGGUAUUGCCACUAACAUUCUAAUCCUUUUUCACUAUAUGCAAUGCUUUCUCUAAUUUGUAGCAAUAAAAUGUGUUUGUUUU